CCGCGCGCCCGGCCGCUGGGGCCGGAGGCUGGGACUUCACCGCCGCGGCAGCAGAGAACCAGCCCGAGCUCCAUCAGUUGCCGCACCGCUGUGGCUGGAGCCGGAGCCGGAGCCGGGGCGGGAGCUACCAUGAGCGGCAGAGUCGGCGACCUGAGUCCCAAGCAGCAGGAGGCACUGGCCAAGUUUCGGGAGAAUGUGCAGGACGUGUUGCCUACUCUGCCGAAUCCAGAUGACUAUUUUCUCCUGCGCUGGCUCCGAGCAAGAAGUUUUGACCUGCAGAAGUCAGAGGCCAUGUUACGGAAGCAUGUGGAAUUCCGAAAGCAAAAGGACAUUGAUAAUAUCAUUAGCUGGCAGCCUCCAGAGGUGAUCCAGCAGUACUUGUCAGGGGGCAUGUGCGGCUAUGACCUGGAGGGCUGCCCGGUCUGGUACGAUAUCAUUGGGCCUCUAGAUGCCAAGGGUCUGCUGUUCUCAGCCACCAAGCAGGACCUGCUCAGGACCAAGAUGCGGGACUGUGAGCUGCUUCUGCAGGAGUGUUCCCGCCAGACCACAAAGUUGGGGAAGAAAAUAGAGACCAUCACGAUGAUUUAUGACUGUGAGGGCCUUGGCCUCAAGCAUCUCUGGAAGCCUGCAAUAGAAGCCUAUGGAGAGUUUCUCUGCAUGUUUGAGGAAAAUUAUCCCGAAACAAUGAAGCGUCUUUUUGUUGUUAAAGCACCCAAGCUGUUUCCUGUGGCCUAUAACCUCAUCAAACCCUUCCUGAGUGAGGACACUCGUAAGAAGAUCAUGGUUCUGGGAGCAAACUGGAAGGAGGUUUUACUGAAAUAUAUCAACCCUGACCAGCUGCCUGUGGAGUAUGGAGGCACCAUGACUGACCCUGAUGGAAACCCCAAGUGCAAAUCCAGGAUCAACUAUGGGGGUGACAUCCCCAAGAAGUAUUACGUGCGAGACCAGGUGAAACAGCAGUAUGAACACAGUGUGCAGAUUGCCCGUGGCUCCUCCCACCAAGUAGAGUAUGAGAUUCUCUUCCCCGGAUGUGUCCUCAGGUGGCAGUUCAUGUCAGAGGGAGCAGAUGUUGGUUUUGGGAUUUUCCUGAAGACCAAGAUGGGGGAGCGGCAGCGGGCAGGGGAGAUGACAGAGGUGCUGCCCAACCAGAGGUACAAUUCCCAUCUGGUCCCUGAGGAUGGGACCCUUACCUGCAGCGAUCCUGGCAUCUAUGUCCUGCGGUUUGACAACACCUACAGUUUCAUUCAUGCCAAGAAGGUCAGUUUUACUGUGGAGGUCCUGCUUCCAGACAAAGCCUCAGAAGAGAAGAUGAAUCAGCUGGGGUCAGAAACCUCAAAAUAAUGCCUCCUCCUCCGGCAGACCUGGCCCCUUCAACGUCGGUUUCCUUGUAGCAGUCAUUUUUCCACAACCUUGCAGCCCAAAGAACCUGGGCUGGAAGACUUCUGGCUGGAUCUGGGAGCUUUUGCAUCAGAAUUAGGAAGAGGACAACUCCUUGCUUCUAAAAUUACCAGGGAGUCCUCAAGGGCUGGUCACUGUGAUAGGAUCUAUCUGUCCUGAAAACCUUGUCAAAUUUACCUUUCCAGUGUCAGCCAAGACAGGGAGGUUGGGGGUGCCACUGGGCAGCAGCAGGGAAGAAAUUAGAAAAAGAGGGAGAGAUUGGGACCUAACACUUCAGGGAAGCCAGCUGCAGAGGAGAAAUGUGCUUCCAGAUGAACAUGGAAGUUCAGAUCAUAAUAAGGGAAAGCAAGGUAGCUGGUUGGUAAGAGUUAUGGUGGGGACUGGAAGCUCUUCCAAACUUUUUUUUUAUCAUUGAGGCUGCGGUGUCUUUUGGCUUUUACCAAGUCAGCACAGAUCUUCCCACUGGAAGGUAGCCAGGCAUGCCUCUCUCUCUCUCUCACCUUGAGAACUUCAGCGACUCCUGCGCUGCCUCUUUAAUUACUAAUGAUUGUCAGUGAGUCAGGGGUUCUGGGGACUUUGGUACCCAGCCACUGUUCUCUAGUACAAAAAACAAAAACAAACAACAGCAACAAAGCACAAGGCUAGUUAUCUCUGGGGACCACGGUUCACGGAAGGGCCUAGGAAGUAGGAGGCUGGGGAUGGAAAUGAGUCCUCAAUGGGGUGCCUCUCACCCGCUUUUCAGGGCCCCUAGCCUCUCACUGAGUAACCCUCCGCGUGAGCAACCUAGAUGAAAGUGACGAAGGGGCUCAAGGCAGCAGCACUCUGAGCAUUUCCUAGUCUGAGACUCCAGCGGAGCCCACCGACCGGCUUCCUGACUGUCCUGAGCAAGGCCUUAGCCGUCCCAUCUUUGUGGGAGGCGUACACACAGGCGCCCCACUCGGCUCGCGCCUGUGAAUGUCGGUAGCCAGGCCGAGCUGCCGACCGCGCAGGCGGCCAGAGAUCGGGCCGGCAUCUCGAAGAGCCAGGGGCCGGGGCCGGCCGGAGCCCCUAACUCCGGGGAGCUCGGGAAGCAGCUCCGAGCCCUGGCCAGGCCUGGGGAGCUCGUCAGGCGAAGCGGAGGGAGCUAGCGAGGGCCACAGGCGGCCCCAGUCAGAUCGCUCGGGAGGACCUCCUGGCCUUGGUUUACAAUGCUCUGUUAGCAAAAUUAACCACCGAAUAAAGCAACGUCCAGUGCACACGGCGUGGAAUUCAAUGCCCGUUACCCCUUUAUGUGCUUCUCAAACUUCAGCUUCCCAGAAGGCCUCUGGUAGUUUACUGCCAAUGAGACGCAUGCGUAGCUCUCAGCUGCUCUCUUCUCGCGUGAGUUUUUCCUGAGAGGACAAAUUACCAACUUGCCUUCCGGUUGGGACGGUCGGUAGGGUGUCGUCCGCCAUCUUUGCUCAGGGCGAGAGGCGUGCUCCUGACCGCCUUCACAGGGAGGGCGGAAGCCCCGCCCCACUCGGCUUGUCAAAAAUCCUCCUGGUAGUUCGAGAGCAACAGCACGUGUGUCACGGCGAGCUCUACCCGCGGCGGCGGUGGUGGGCCCAAAGUAGGAGAAAGGCGGAGGAGCAGCGAUCACGUGGUGUUAGGGACCGUCUUCUAAUUUCGCACCACCACUGCCGGUUUUCAGGGGCUGGGGACUGUUCUCUUCGCUCCCUACCCCACCGAGCCAGUCCCCGCUAGAUAACCGCUGACCCACAGACAGCCCACGACUUACAGGGACGCAGGCGCCUACGGCUGAAAACAGUGGCUUCAAUAAGGAGUUGGUAUUUAUUUUCCCAGUCUUUAUUUGAUGAUAAUAAAAACUAAUUCUUAAAGAA